UUAAAUUUAUCCCAAAACCAAUUUCAGGGAUCUAUCCCAGAGUCAUUUGGCAAUAUGCUCAGCUUGCAAGGACUUUACUUAUCGCAUAACAAUCUUUCUGGCUUCAUACCGAAGUCAUUGGAGGCACUUCGGGACCUCAAAGAGCUUGACGUUUCUCAUAACCAUUUAAGUGGUGAAAUUCCUUCUGGUGGUCACUUUAGGAACUUUACUGCUGAAUCUUUUCUGUUCAACGAUGCAUUGUGCGGAGAUUCCAGGUUUCACGUGCCAUCUUGCCCAAGAACUAAUUCAAUUCACAGGUCCAGAACAAAAAAGGUGCUUCUAUUUGUAUUUGUUCCUCUGGGACUCGCUGCUGUAGUUGUCGCAGCCUUAGCAAUUGUCUUCAGAAGAUAUUGGAAGAAAUAUCAGGAUUCCAAAGGAGUAAACAUGGUAUUAGUGCCAACGCAAGAAGGAGUUUCAUACUAUGAACUUCUUCGAGCAACUGAUGGGUACAGUGAAAGCAAUUUGCUUGGCAUUGGGAGUUUUGGAUCUGUUUACAAGGGGAUCCUCAAUGAUGGAAGGUCUAUUGCUGUAAAGGUUUUCAAUUUGGAAUUGGAAGGAGUAAUCAAGAGCUUUGAUGUAGAGUGUGAAGUACUGAAGAACCUUCGCCAUCGAAAUCUUGUGAAGGUCAUCAGCGGUUGUUGGAACCAGGAUUUUAAGGCCUUGGUGCUUGAACACAUGUGCAAUGGAAGCCUUGAGAAGCGGCUGUAUUCUGACAACUAUUUCUUAGAUACUCUACAGAGAUUGAAUAUAAUGAUAGAAGUGGCAAGUGCAGUGCAAUAUCUCCACGAAGAAUAUUCGACGCCUGUGAUUCACUGUGAUUUGAAGCCCAGUAAUGUCUUACUUGAUGAAGAUAUGGUCGCCCACGUCUGCGACUUUGGUAUUGCAAAAAUGCUGGAAAAGGAGGAAAGCUUUGCAUGGACCAGGACCUUAGCUACAGUUGGCUACAUUGCUCCAGAGUAUGGAUCUGAGGGGCUGAUAUCAGCAAAAUGCGAUGUUUAUAGCUAUGGAAUCAUGCUGAUGGAAGUUUUUUCAAGAAGAAAGCCUAAUGAUGAAAUGUUUGCUGGAAAUUUGAACUUGAAGAGUUGGAUAAAUGAUUCUAUGCCUAAUUCGAUUCUUCAAGUCAUUGAUGCUAAGUUGUUGAAGCGUGAGGAUGAAAAUUUCACUGAGAAGUUGGAGGGUUUUGCAUCCAUCUUGGAAUUAGCCUUAAAAUGUGUUCGUGAAUCUCCAACUGACAGACUCAGUAUGAAAGUUGUUCUUGAAACACUGAAGAAGAUCAAACUCAAAUUCUUGCAAGUAAUGUAGGCUGAUGAAUAGUUCGGAUCGAAUAUGUAUCAUCUUUUAUAAUCAUCCGAAAAAUUAGGGAAAAGAGGCAAUUUGUUGAUGCCAAAUAAAUGAAAGCACAUGAGCUAUGAAAGACGCUGUAUUACUGCAAAUCAAAUUGUAUGAUUAAAAUUUGGAAUUUCUGAAUGUAGAGAGAAGCAGGGAACCUCUAUGUUCAAAAAAUAACCUCCUCAAUGUCAUGACGCUGUAGUUGCUUUCACUGA